ACGCCCAUCGGAUUAUUAGCUUAAUGCGAUACCAUCAAAUCUAAAGGUCGUGAAUAUAUGCAAACAAGAUUGCCUGUUUUACUACUGUUUGCUACAAAUCAAUGCACACUACCACAUACAUUUAUAUGACAUUGUUUUUCCUGAGCAACUGGAAAGUAGAUCUGUGAAAGCAACGUAAGUUUUCGAGGGUCGUUUACUUAUGAGCAACAAUGCCAGUGGAUAGACAGACGUACUUCUAUUCCUGGGCCAUCUUGUCUUUGUUGGCCCUGGCAGUUUAUUUGGGAGAGGACAGCAUUGCUGCUAAAAUCAUCGCUGGUACCUUGGCCGUGGCUGGGCUGUACAUUGGAGGCAAACUGGUGCCCAGGGGUCACGUCAGCCCCGAGGGUAAGGCGGUGUUUAUUACCGGGUGUGACACGGGGUUUGGCAACGGGUUGGCGAGGCGGCUGGACGGCUGCGGCUUCACCGUCUUCGCUGGGUGUUACAUUCCAGAUGGCCCGGAUGCCCAACAACUCGCCAAGGAAACUUCGUCUAGGUUGACCAUUGUUCCUCUUGACGUCACGUCUGAUGAAUCAGUGGAAGACGCUAGGGACAUGGUCAAGGCUGGACUACAAAGACAACGGGCUGAGCUGUGGGCGGUGGUCAACAACGCAGGAAUAUGGCGCUGGGGCCUGAUUGAAUGGACGACCAUCAAGCAAUACAAGCAAGUAGCUGAGGUCAACGUGUACGGGAUGAUCAGAGUCACUCAGGCUUUCCUACCGCUCAUCCGCAGAGCAAAAGGUCGUAUCGUGAACGUCAGCAGCGUAAGUGGACUGUGGACAAUACCUUACAUCUCCAGCUAUUUCAUGACGAAAUACGCAGUCGAAUCUUUCUCCGAUGCACUGCGUUUUGAGAUGAAUCCGUGGGGAGUCAAGGUUGUCUUGGUAGAACCCGGUGAAUACGGUAAGCUAACCGGCAUCGCCCUGCACUCCCGAGAGUCGACCCUUGCCGUCUCCGAGCCGCUCUGGGACGGCAUGCGCGACGACCUGCGCAGAGACUACGGGCGGGAAUACUUCGACGGUCACGUGCAGCGUCUCCACCAGGCGCGCGAGGCAUGCUGGGACGACCUGACGCCCGUCUUAGACGCCAUGUUGGAUGCGGUGGCCUCGGGUAGACCGAAGCACCGGUACCUGAUUGGGGAGUUGUCCACUUACUACUUGAAGUUCAAGUUUAGCCUGCUGCCGUCCUGGAUGACUGAUUGGACCCUUUACAAGCUGGAUGAACCAUUCCCUAAACCGGCAGCACUGAGGGAGAAACACGACUAGUUGGUAACGGUCAGAUCAGCCUAUAAGUUCGAGAAGGAAUGUCAAGUUUCAUGAUUUGUGUUUAACCAAAGUUAGAAUCAUCUUCAUCGAACGUAAUACAUGUAUAGGCGAAUCCGGGCACGUAGUGUCUGUCCACGUAGCCCUAUGUACAACUUAAAGCCCGGGCCCUUUGAGUGGAUAAACCAUUGUGCACGCUAUUGCACAAAGCAGCUGCUCAGUGAUGGAUGAUCUGAACAAUACUUAGCACAAUGCUUUCGCCAUUUACCGGGGCCUUAGUGGUAGAAUUGAUAGCGUUAGCGUGCCCGCAUUGGUUUAAAGUCUGAAAUUGGUAGCAUUAUCAAUAGCUGCGCUAUCUUUAUAUCCAUCGUGUUCAAUGUAACCAUAGCGUAGGCCUUUAAUUAUUACAUCAUGAGUCCGCCAUAUUAAGAAUGUGCCAUCUUCGAGUUAGGAUUGUGCGUUAAAAUAUCAAACAUCUAACAGUAGGCCUACUGAAAUACUUUUGAUUGUUUCUAAUUUCAUGCAAUACGGUAUCAGUCAUGCGUUAUCAGUCAUACGGCGUAUCAUGUUCCAAUUGAGUUUGUUCCUGGUUUGUUCGAUUGUUUGAAAUCUUAUAUUAAACAACAUGAAGUCGCUGAAAUUGUGGCCACAGUUGUUCGUUCUUUGACAAUACAUUGGAGACUUCUCCGGUUCUUUCGAGCA